UCCCUCUGCCGAUUCUCUUCGCUUUUCUAUUCCUCUUCGCUGGUCUCCUCGAGUUGGCGGAGAGAAGAAAAGAAGGAAACACGCCAGAUUUCAGAGAGAGAGAGAGAGAGAAGGAAACACGCCAUGGAGUCCGGAGCGGAGACGUCGUGAAGUAUUGAGUUUCGUACGUCGGCGGCGGCGGCGGCGGCUCGAGGGCAAGGUGGGUCGGAGCUUCUCGCCUGAUUCAUGGCAUCAUACUUUGGGAGUUUAUUAAGUAUUUGCAAGGUUAAAUGAUUGACCAUUUCGCUCAAAUCAAGGAUGUUGUCAUUGUUAAAAGGAUGUAGUUUCUUGUCAUGAUGUCUAUCCUCGGCUCAAGAUUCUAACUCAGUUGGGUCAUCAACGUCAAGGAUGGACUGGUUGAAGGAUCAAUUAAACAUGUUUAUGUUCAGUUUAUACAGUGAAUCUCCUAAACCAUCAGAAUUCUGGAUCCCCAUUGCUGCAUACCUCACUGUUGGUAUACUCAGUCUUUUGAUGUUUUUGUACCUCUUCUCGUUGUGGAGGCGAAAGAUCAGUGUAAGCUGGAUGAAAGUGAUCGCCCGGUCAAAAAGGAGAAACUUCGAGAGAAAUCAAAAGGUCCCUACUGCUGAACAUAUAUGGUCUGCAGAAUCUCUACUUCGUGCAAAAGGACUGAGGUGCUGUGUGUGCCUAGAAUCUAUUACACCUGCUCAGCCCCUUGGGACAGUGAUAACAUCAGAGAACAUGGUUCACCGCUGUGAUGUUUGUGGUGCCGCUGCGCACACGAUCUGCUCUUCAUACUCUCAGAGGGACUGCAAAUGUGUCUCGUUGCUGGGUUGGAAGCAUGUAGUCCAUCAAUGGACCGUGCUGUGGACCGAUAUAGCUGACCAGCCUGAAGAAGCUCAGUAUUGUAGCUACUGUGAGGAGCCAUGCAAUGGGUCUUUUCUUGGAGGUCCAAUAUACUGCUGCAUGUGGUGCCAACGGCUGGUGCACGUUGAUUGCCACUCAAGCAUGUCUACCGAGACAGGCGAUGUUUGCGACCUCGGUCCAUUCAGACGCCUAAUUCUUUCCCCACUUCACGUUGGGGCCAAGAACAAGCCUGGUGGGAUUUUAAGUUCUAUAACUCAAGGUGCAAAUGAGCUUGCGUCCACCGUGCGGGGACAUCUUAGGAACCGAGGUAAAAGGCAGAAAUAUGAUAAAAGAUUGUCUUCUGACUCUAUGGCUGGUGAGAGCAACGAUGAUUCAUCAAGCGAUACCGCACCAUAUUCUAACCAGAGGGCCAAGGAAUUAAAAACAAAUGUUGGCAGUGUUCAGAGACAUGCUGAGAAUGAACAUGAUAGUAGCGAGAGCGAUUGUAAAGAGGUCGUAUCAGAACCGAGAAGACUCCAUAAUGAUGACACAGGAGGAGCCAAACUCAAGUAUGUGUUGACUGACCUGCCUGCUGAUGCCAGACCUCUUCUAGUAUUUAUCAACAAGAGAAGUGGAGCUCAGCGUGGAGAUUCUCUCAAGCACCGGCUACAUUUCCUUUUGAACCCGGUGCAGGUGUUUGAGUUGAGUUCAUCACAAGGGCCAGAGGCAGGAUUAUUGUUGUUCCGAAAGGUACCACAUUUCAGAAUACUUGUGUGUGGUGGCGACGGUACUGUUGGUUGGGUUCUCGAUGCAAUAGAUAGACAAAAUUAUGCAUCACCUCCGCCUGUUGCAAUUCUUCCAGCUGGCACUGGCAAUGAUCUUUCAAGGGUUUUAUCAUGGGGAGGCGGUCUCGGUUCUGUUGAGAAGCAAGGUGGCCUCUGCACAGUUCUGCAUGACAUAGAGCAUGCGGCAGUCACCAUUCUAGACAGAUGGAAGGUAACAGUAGAAGAUAAGCAAGCACAGAACGUGCUUUUGGUGAAGUACAUGAAUAAUUAUCUAGGUAUUGGUUGCGAUGCAAAGGUUGCACUUGACAUUCAUAAUCUCCGCGAGGAAAAUCCAGACAAGUUCUACAGUCAGUUCCUAAACAAGGUGCUGUAUGCAAGGGAAGGCGCAAAGAGUAUCAUCGAUAGGACAUUCGCAGACCUACCUUGGCAAGUUAGGCUAGAGGUUGACGGAGCUGAGAUCGAUAUACCAGAGGAUUCAGAAGGCGUCCUCAUUGCAAACAUCCCAAGCUAUAUGGGAGGGGUUGACUUGUGGCAGAACGAGGAGGAGAAUCUCGACAACUUUGACCCACAGUCGAUCCAUGACAAGAUGCUUGAAGUAGUUAGCAUCAGUGGAACCUGGCACCUGGGGACACUUCAGGUCGGUCUUUCUCGUGCGCGGAGGAUCGCUCAGGGCCAAUCGAUCAAGCUACGGUUCUCUGCCCCUUUCCCGGUUCAGGUGGACGGGGAACCUUGGGUCCAGCACUCGUGCACGCUGAAGAUAUCCCAUCAUGGACAGGCUUUCAUGCUAAAGCGAGCAAUCGAGUCGUCGCUUGGCCAUGCCACCGCGAUCGUCACGGACGUGCUUGAACAUGCCGAGACGAGUCAAGUGAUCACGACGUCGCAGAAGAGAGCCCUCCUGCAAGAAAUGGCCCUAAGGCUCGCGUAAAUCCUCACCGCGAGGCGAACGCCGCGGAGCAUUGCUUUGCUGUGGUUGAACCGCAACGGCAGGAGCACCUUGUCCUCGACGGUGACAUGCAGGAAGGCUGUGCAAAGGGAUAUGUACAGUGUGAUUGUUGUGUUGUGUGUACAUGAUGUAGGCCUUUGUGCAGUCACGGAAUGCCUCUGGGUGUUGAAGCGUGCAAAAAAGAUGUUGUUCUUGUCUGAUA